AUGGAUAAGUCAUGGAUGCACUCGGAUAGAAGAUCGAAGGCAUAUGAGUUAGGGGUGGAAGCAUUUUUGAACUUUUCUGUAGAAAAUCUUCUAACUACCACACAUAUCCGUUGUCCAUGUGUUAAAUGUGUUAAUUUGAAAUUGUUUGGGGUUGGAAUUAUAAGGGAUCACUUAUACUUUAAUGGAGUUGACCAAAGCUAUAAGAAUUGGACAUUUCACGGAGAACCUUGGGAAGCAGCUACUAAUGCUAGUAGAAAUGUUGAAGAAGAUGAUGACCAUAGUAGGUACAGUUUUGUGUCUGAAGAAAUAGAGAUGGAUGAUAAUGAUUUUGGUGAUUUUGGAUCUGAUCCUUAUGAGUUUGCCAAUGUGAUUGGGGAUGGAGAUCAACCAUUGUACCCUGGUUGUAGAAAGUACACGAAGUUAUCGGCAUUAGUGAAGUUGUAUAAUUUGAAGGCAAAAUAUGGGAUGAGUGAUGUCUGUUUUACAGAAUUAUUGAUACUUCAAGGCGAUUUGCUUCCAGAAGGAAAUACAAUACCGGCCUCUAUGUAUGAGGCAAAAAAGACUUUGUGUGCAUUGGGGCUGAGUUAUGAGAAAAUGCACGCAUGCCCCAAUGAUUGCAUCUUGUAUAGGAAGGAGUAUGAGGAUUUAACUCAUUGUCCUAAUUGUGGUAUCUCAAGGUGGAAGGAAGGCAAAGAUUCAAUCUUGAAAGAGGGUGUGCCAGCGAAGGUGGUGUGGUAUUUUCCUCCAAUUCCAAGGUUUAAAAGGAUGUUUCGAUCACAUGAGACCGCUAAGAGUUUGACUUGGCAUGCUGCUAGAAAAUCAAUUGACGGUUAUAUGUCUCAUCCAGCGGAUUCCCCGUCUUGGAAACUUCUUGAUGAUAAAUGGCCCGAGUUUGGUAAUGAGCCGAGAAACUUGAGAUUGGCUCUUUCAUCUGAUGGAUUCAAUCCCCACAGUUCUCUAAGUAGCAGAUAUAGUUGCUGGCCAGUUAUCUUAGUUACAUAUAAUCUCCCUCCAUGGCUGUGCAUGAAACGAAACCGAAAUGAUAUAGACGUCUACUUGGAGCCUUUGAUUGAUGAUUUAAAAUCUUUGUGGGCUGGGAUUGGAGGAGUGUAUGAUGCACAUAAUGGAGAAUACUUUACACUCAGAGCUGCAUUAAUGUGGACAAUUAAUGAUUUCCCCGCCUAUGGAAACUUAUCUGGUUGUGUUGUUAAAGGAUAUAAAGCUUGUCCAAUAUGCGGCGAUGAUACACCUAGUCACAGGUUGAAAAAUGGCCACAAAAUUUGUUACAUUGGGCAUAGAAAAUGGUUACCGAUCAAUCAUCCAUAUAGGAGGCAACGUGCAGCUUUUAAUGGGAAACCUGAAUAUGGCACGCCUCCUGAGCCAUUAACCGGAGAAGAAGUGCUGCAUAUGGUUGAAGAUGGUGACAGAGUUUGUUGGAAGAAGAAAUCAAUAUUCUUUGAUCUCGAGUAUUGGAAAUACCUUCCUGUGAGGCAUGUCCUAGAUGUUAUGCACAUUGAGAAGAAUGUUUGCGAUAGUAUCAUUGGUACAUUGCUGGAGAUCCCUGGAAAAAAUAAAGAUGGGAUUGCUGCUCGAUUAGAUUUAUUGAACAUGGGGGUCAAAACUGAUUUGCAACCCGAGUAUGGAGAAAGACGUACUCGUUUGCCUCCCGGGCCUUGGAAUUUGUCAAGAGCAGAGAAGAGAGAGGUUUGCAAUUCUUUCUAUGGUAUGAAGGUCCCUGAAGGUUAUUCUUCAAAUAUAAAAAAUCUUGUAUCUUUACAAGAUUCAAGACUUCUUGGCCUUAAAUCACAUGAUUGUCAUACCUUAAUGCAACAAUUGCUCCAUGUGGCAAUUCGUUCUGUUUUGGAGAAGCCUGCAAGGUAUGCAAUAACUCGUUUGUGCUUCUUCUUCAAUGCUAUAUGUGCAAAGACUGUUGAUGUUUCCAAGCUAGAUAAGUUGGAAGAAGAUAAUCGUACUCGUCCCGAAGGUUGCAUUGCUGAGCGGUAUAUAGCUGAAGAAGCUGUAGAGUUUUGUACCGAGCAUUUAUCUGAUGUUAGUACAGUUGGAGUGCCUUCAAGCCAAAAGAUGGGAGUUUCAAAGCCAUUAUCAGGUUUCACAGUGAGCGUAGUUGAUCGGGACCUGUUGAACCAAGCACAUCUAUAUGUCUUGGAGAAUACGGAGGAAGUCCUACCUUAUAUCGAGCAACAUAUGAUCCACAUCCAGACCGCUUAUCCAAAAUUUAGAAAGAGAACAAAGUGGCUGCAGGAUAAGCACAAUAGCACUUUCAUUCAAUGGCUACGCUUCAAGGUUCAAAGUGAACUUAAUGAGGACAAUCAUGGCGUAUCAGAAAAUUUAAGGUGGCUAGCAGCUGGUCCAAACAUGGCAGUGCCAUUAUAUAGGAGCUAUCUCAUUAAAGGUAUUAAAUUCAACAUCAAGGCACAAGAUGAUGUGCGGACAACUCAAAAUAGUGGAGUUUAUUUACUUGCACAUACUAUGCAAGUUGCUAGUGCCAAGGAUAAAAACCCAAUUCUCUCAAAUAUGGGUUUCUAUGGUGUCAUUCAAGAAAUUUGGGACCUUGACUACCAAAAGUUUACAAUCCCAGUCUUUAGGUGUGAUUGGAUUGAUAAUACUUCUGGUCUUGUAGUGGACGAACUUGGAUUUACCCUUGUAGAUUUGAGUAAAAUUGGACAUAGGAAUGACCAAUUUGUUUUGGCUUCUCAAGUCAAACAAGUAUUUUUUGUUGACGACCCGAUGCAUCGUGGUUGGUCGGUAGUGUUAUCAAUGCCUAAUAGAGAAUAUAAUGAUGUUAUUGGUGAUGAUGUCUUAGGUGAUGUGAGAAUUGAGUGUGAGCCAUUUACUAGGGGGAUGCCAAAUGUUGACACAUUUGAUGAAGUGGUGGUUGAGUUAGGGAGUCAAAAUAUUCGAGAUGGGUGUGAAGAUAUAUGGGUUGAAUGA